AUGGAUCCAAGACAGCACCAGCACCAGCAGCACCAGCACCCGUCCCAACACCAGCAGCAUCAUCACCAUCAGCGCCAGCCUGUCCUUGGCCCUGGUCAUCAUCAACAACAGCAGCAGCAGCAGCACACCGCGCCCGCGCCUCACCCCCGCGCGCCCGCCUUGCGCCCGGAGCCGACUCCCGAUUACCACAGCCACAGCAACAGCCACUUCGCCGUUGCCGCUCCACCUGCGACGUCGUCGUCCUCGUCGCCCUCGCCGUCGCUUUACCCUCCCCGAGCUCCCGCGACGCGAUCGCCCGCCGCCAGCAACUCGCCCUUCUCCGCGCGCGCUGCCGGUCCUUAUGCGACUGCCGACCACCGACGGACGAGCGACACGCCGUACUACCCGCCUGCUGCUCGCUCGAGCUUGCCCGACCUGGGCCACAGCCGCGCCCAGAGCGCCUCGUCGCUCCCGUCAGCUAGGGAGCUGAAUCGCACCAUGCCUCCGCCGACCUCGCCGCCCCAGCCGGGCGCUCCUCCGCCGCCGUCUCAUCAUCAACAGCAUCAAGGCGGCAUGGGCUUCGGACCCCCACCCCCGAGACCGCCGCCCGUCGCCGUCGGACCCCCGACCUCGUUCCCCUCUGGCCGCGAGCUCCCUGCGCUGAGCUCUCUCACGCGCUCGGGUAGCGGCGGCAGCUCCAUGUCCAUCUCCUCGAUGCUUGGCGGCCCGCCGCCGGCUUCGCGCGACUCUCAGCCGCCGCCCCAACACUACCCUCCGCACACGUCAGCGCCGCCGCCCGGCUCAGGUCCUGGCUACGCGCCGCCUGUCCACGCGUCGCCGCGGAUGCACUCGGCCUCGUCAGACUACCCGCCCUUCCGACGACCGCAGACGCCCGACCACCAGCGACCGUACGAUCCCCGCGGCGGCACCGCGCCGUCGCCUCGAGGCGGACACUACUCUACACCCGAGGUGCAGCGCUACGGGACGCCUGGGGCAGGCUACCACGCGCGUCAUCCGUCGGCGCCUGCCGACACGUCCAGGGAGCCUGGAAGGAUGUCUACCGGCCCGGCGCCGACCCCCAACGCGCCACCGAAGCCGUACGGGAGCAUGCCGCCUCACAUGGGCAGGCCUGAAGACCCGUACGCCCGGCGGGAAGAGCCUGGCCGACCCGGACCCGGCAUGGACUAUCCCGAGCGAUCGGGGCUGCGGCCGUAUCCGUACGACGAUCGAUAUCGAGCCGAGCGGGAACGACAGACCCAACCCGAACGAGAUCGCGAGGGGCGCGAGCGUGCAUACUCUGGUGGCGAUGCGCACCGACACAUGAUGUCCCCUCACGAGAUGGGACAUCGCGAGCCGCCUCAACCCCAGGGUCCUUACGGCCGGCCGCCCGACGCUCGCGACCAGCGCGAUCCUCGGGAUUCUCAGUGGGGACGCCACAGCGCCGAGUCGAGCUAUCGUGCUCCCAUGGACCACCCACGACAAGAAUAUCCCCCGUCGACGACAUACCCGCCGCAUCACGCGGCGUAUCAAACCGCGCCCCCUGAGCGAUACCCGCCGGCGUCGCACCCACCCCAACACCCCCCGCCGCAUGCAAACGCGCCGCCGCAGCCGUACGACUCGCCCGACCGCGCUCGAAUGGAUCACCUGCACCAACAACAGCAGCAGCAACAGCAACCACAGCCACACCAUCCGCUGCACCGGCCGCGGCCAGGCGAGGAAGCGCCGCCGCCUCCUCCGUCGAUCGCGUACAACGGCGCCGGCCACAUGCCGCCUGGGUACGACGCGUCGCGCAACAGGAGCUCCGAAGAGGCACCGGGACCAAACAGCCACCAGCGAAACUUGCUCGCGGUGCAGGACAUGAACCGCAAGGGUCGCCUUUCGCCCUUGCCUCAGGCCGUGCAAGGGGCGCAGCCCCAGCAGCCGGGACCAGCAGCGGAGCCAGGCAUUAAGAGCGAGUUUGGCCGCAUGUUUUCCGGCAUUGGGAGCGGAGUCGGCGCCAUCGGGGCAUCGAGCCCCAUGACAUCCGGCGCCGUGGCUGCGUAUGGGAGCCAGGCGAAUGUGAGCGUGCCGCCGAAGCGCGAGGAUGCAGAGGCCGCCGCCCCGGACUCCGGACCCGAGGGCACCAAGCCAGCCAAGGGCCGCCGCCGCAAACUCAAGGACGAGGACAACAAAGACGACGACAGCUCCGGCCGGGUGACUCCCGGGGGACGCGCCAACAAACGCACCAAGGGCCAUCAGCACCAUCACCACCAGUACGCACUGCAUCCCUUUCCCCAAGAGCUAUCUGGCCUGUCUAACCAGGGACCUAGCCACCACCACCACCAUCACCACCACGGACCCGAAGGCACCGCUUCCCCGACGGGAGGCGCCGCGCCCCUCAAGAACCUCAAGGGAGGACCGGCCGUUGCGUCUCCGACAGACAAGUCCGUUCCACACCAUCAUCAUCACCACCAUCACGGACCAAAGGCGGCACAGACGCCGGCCGCGCAGGCCAAGCAACCAGCCCCGGCCCCGGCACCUGUAAUUCCCCCCAAGCCCAAGACCAUCAUCUCCAACAAGGCAGUGCUGGAUGCGGUCGCCGAUCGGCUGCGUCACCACCUGGGCGACUUCAUCUACGAACCUGGACUCAAGCCUGGGCGGCUGCUGCCCGACACCCCCAGCCACCGGGGUUUCUCGUCCAACCCGACACCUCUCCCGUGGGAGACCAUCAAGGGCAAGGAGAACUGCAUCCUGACGGUCAAGGUGCCGCGGGUGCACCUCGUCCCGUUGGCCCGUGAGGAAAUAACCUCCAGGGCGUACCUUUGGGGAACCGACGUGUACACGGACGACUCGGACGUGGUGGCGGCAUGCAUCCACAGUGGCUGGAUCAAGGGCGAAUGGGUCGAGGACGUCGACGCAUCGAUGCUCGACCUGGAAGACGUUGGUCGGAGGAAGCCGAAGAACCAGCCGACCGAGACCAUGCCGCCCGGAUCCGAAGGCCUCAUCACCGCGCCGCCCACGUCUGGCCCGCUGUCUGUGCCGGCGGAUAGAGACCUGCACGUCAACGUGCUGAUCCUGCCGCGGCUGGUCAAGUACGCGGCGACGACGAGGCAUGGCAUCACGAGCCGCGAGUUUGGCGGGCAGUUUGGCACCCGCCACGCGGUCCACGACGGCAUCAGCUACAUGGUGAAGAGCAUACGCUGGGUCGAGAACGGGGGCCAGCCGCAGGCGCGGCUACGCGGCAAGGCACGACGAGAGCGGAUGCGCAAGGCCAUGAAAGAGGUGACGGCCAGCUUUGGCAACAUGAACAGCCUAGAGCAGCACCCGGCGCAGGAGCAGCAGCCGGACAAGGACCAAAGCGGGGUCCUGCGCAGCGAAAUCGCGGCGAACUGGCACAGGAAGGAGGCGGAGCACGCCCCGACGGAGACGGCCGAGAACGGCGGCGAGAAGGCGCGCGACCCCAGCGAGGGCGACAAGGAGAACUGGCUGUCCCAGGACAAGACUGCCGCGGAUCCUGCGCCCGAGGCGGCCCCGGCGCCGGCUACGGGCAAGGACGUCGAGAUGGCCGAAGCCGAGGCGCCGCAGAAGACGGCGACCGAGGAGGAAAAGUGA